GCUCCGCUAGUCAUGGCCUACCCGGGAUACGGAGGAGGGUUUGGAAAUUUUGUUGGUCAGAUGCCAGGAAUGCAGAUGCAAAUGGGACAGCCUGUGCCAGGAGCAGGUCCGCACGUGCUCCCUGGUGCAUACCCUGGAUACCAGGCCUAUUCAGACAGUUAUUCCUCAGCUAGCGACCCCAUGUGGACUUACUUCACUGCUGUUGCUGGGCAGGAUGGGGAAGUGGAUGCUGAAGAGCUACAGAGAUGUUUGACACAAUCUGGAAUUAGUGGAACUUACUCUCCUUUCAGUUUGGAAACCUGCAGAAUUAUGAUUGCCAUGUUGGAUAGGGAUUACACAGGGAAAAUGGGAUUUAAUGAAUUCAAAGAACUUUGGGCAGCUCUUAAUGCCUGGAAACAAAACUUCAUGACUAUUGAUCAAGACCAAAGUGGCACAGUAGAGCAUCAUGAACUGAGUCAAGCCAUUGCAGCUAUGGGUUAUAGGUUAAGUCCCCAGACAUUAAGUGCUAUUGUUAAACGUUAUAGCAAGAAUGGCAGAAUCUUCUUUGACGAUUAUGUUGCUUGCUGUGUGAAGCUUCGAGCAUUGACAGGAUCCUCAACAUACCCCUUCAAGAAUCCUACGGACGAUGCUUAUCAAAGACGGUGGCUGAGCCCUAAUCCUGGAGUUUCUGAUUUAGUGGGUCUAGAUAAGGCCCAAGAAUUUGCAUUUCUAACAGUUCCCAGCUGCAAAAAAUGCCCAAAUAUGGAAAUAAAAUCCCUAAUGAGCCCUCUGAACCAGUUAGCCAUUGCUGUGGUUCUGUCUCCCCUGCUAGAUCCAGUUUGUAACACAGUGCUAAGCUCAUUAAAUGUUUGUUAA